UACAAGAAUUUGGAUGGCUAAGCUGACAAUGCCCGUCUUCACUGCUGUCUUGGUGAUGGCCCUGUUGAUCACUGCAUCAUCUUCAGGAGAAGUUUCAACGACAGAACGUGAUAGGGAUGCCUCCAAAGUGACAAAGGGUCACACUUCUCUUUACCAUCUUCAGAUGCAGAGUCACAGCAGGAUGAGGAUUCUGACGGAUUUUCUGGACUACGACUACGGAGGAGCCAGCUCCAAACACGAUCCACACAGGAAGCCCGGGAAUGGAGGACCCUAGGCACUAGCUAAUAGCUCGCUCUCCCAACUAUUCGACAGAGUCCGGUGUUUUGGACUAGUGUCAUGUGUGUGCGUAUUCAGUCUUCAGGGCAUUUUGUAAUCUGAGACAGUUAGCUUGUCGAUCUGGUAAUGUACCACCGUACUCUAAUCUGAGACAGUUAGCUUGUCGAUCUGGUAAUGUACAACCAUACUCAGAAAGAUUACAAAUAGCAAGAUCGAUUAUUUGAGCUAAAAUAAUACUCCUAACAGAUAAAAGAGUAUGGUGCAUUACAAAAUCAGGAGUAUCUAUUAUUUUAGCUGUACCGUAAUGUUGUAAUCUCAGAGUUCAAAUGAAACACUCCAAAAGUCCAGUUCGGCCGGGAA